AUGACAUCAUCCUCGAGGCGAUACUCCUUCAGCCGUGACAUCGACUCAUUUGAGGACUUGGAUAGCUCGCUAGACAGAGCACUUAACAGUGCAACAAAUACCCUACAGCUACAAAAUGGGAAGCACAGUAGCCGAAACAGCUCCAUUGGUGGUGGCAUACCUUUGCAAUCAAUAGGAUCCAAUCAUACUGAUCAAGAUUUCAUAGAGGACCACUCCCCAUUAAUCUCCAGUGCGUACCCUUAUAGUGGAAAUCAUCCAUCACACCAUUCAUCCAGCUCCACAAUAAAUAUAGCAGUUAGUUCAGUUUCGUCAAAAUUCAGGCACUUUUUCAAAAAGUUCAUCUUUCUCUUCAAUGAUGCCAAACGGGAACUAAAUCAAGAGAGGCUAAAAGUCUCGGGUGCUUCUGACUUUAGAAUCAACAAUUUGAGCGAGGAACGAUAUAUCUCAGCCAAAACCACUAAUCUGCGAGCCAACAAUAUCUACCCUUCAAACAACAUUUCCAAUGCAAAGUACAACCCAAUCACCUUUAUACCGAUUAUAUUAUACGAACAAUUCAAGUUCUUUUUCAAUCUAUACUUUCUAGUUGUUGCUUUGUCACAAAUUGUGCCUCAGUUGAGAAUCGGGUACCUAUCUUCAUACAUUGUUCCUUUGGCGUUUGUGCUUUUCGUGACCAUGUUGAAGGAAGCGAGCGAUGACAUCACGAGACGUCGAAGAGAUAGGGAACAAAAUUUUGAAAUCUAUGAAGUAUUGAACCGGUUUCUGAACAACUUGACUUCCGAACCAAAGUAUGUAGCAUCGAAAGAUUUGAGGGUGGGUGAUGUUGUUCGGUUGCACAAAGACGUGAGAAUACCUGCUGAUAUGGUCUUGCUACAAUCAACCGAAAAAACAGGCGAGGUGUUUAUCAAAACAGACCAAUUGGAUGGCGAGACCGAUUGGAAGUUGAGAGUAGCACCAAGUGCCACCCAAAAUUUGUCCACUGUUGGCUCAAUUAUCGACACAAUUUCAUUAAUUAUUGGAAACCCCACAAAGUCAAUUCAUUCGUUUACAGGGCAACUAAUAUACAGCCCGACAACAUCGAGUGGAUCCUCCUCACCGACCAAUUCAGAGACCUAUCCCUUGUCCGUGGAUCAAACGUUAUGGGCUAAUGCCGUUUUGGCAUCAGGAAGUGCAUUGGGGUUGGUAAUCUACACUGGGAUCGAGACACGUCUACUGAUGAAUACAACGAAAAGUGGAGUUAAAGUUGGUCUUCUCGAAAUUGAAAUUAAUAGCGUUUCCAAGAUAUUAUGCGCAGUCGUUUUUGCAUUGUCGGUAGCAUUAGUUCUUGCUCAUGGAUUGCCUUUGCAGAAAACUUGGUACAUUGAUAUCCUUCGAUUCUUGAUUUUAUUCUCAACAAUCAUUCCAGUUUCGCUUCGUGUUAACCUCGAUCUUGCAAAAUCGGUGUAUGCAUCUCAAAUUCAAAACGACCCUUCCAUACGCAAUACAAUUGUUAGAACAUCCACUAUUCCAGAAGACUUGGGAAGAAUUGAGUAUCUUUUAAGUGAUAAGACGGGAACCCUUACACGAAAUGAGAUGAAUUUGAAAAGACUACAUUUGGGUAGUGUUAGUUAUGCGGGUGACACGUUUGAUAUUGUCACAGAUUAUGUGAAGAACUUGAUGAGUUACCUCAAUUCUCUGCAGGUCCUGCUGCGGAAAAAGGAUUUGGCAGCUAGGGUAUGCGAUUUAGUUUUAACAUUAGCGUUGUGUCAUAAUGUUACUCCCGUCUUUGAUGAUGACGUGGAGGAUGCCACAUUUGGAGAAAUUACCUAUCAAGCAGCGUCUCCUGAUGAAAUUGCCAUUGUUGAGUUUUGUGAGGCAGUGGGGUUGAAGUUGUUUAAGCGUGACAGACACAAGAUCACAUUGAUGCAUGUGCAUAGUAGCCAGUUGCUCGAAUUUGAGGUGUUGCACAAUUUUCCAUUCAGUUCCGAAACCAAACGUAUGGGUAUUCUUGUGCGAAGCAAAUUUAGGGAUGAAGUCUGGUUUUUGCAAAAAGGAGCCGAUACUGUCAUGUCUAAAAUCGUUGGUGCAAAUGAUUGGCUUGACGAGGAAACGGGAAAUAUGGCUCGAGAAGGAUUGCGUACAUUGGUGAUUGGUCGAAAGAAUUUGCCAAUGAAUGUUUAUGACGAUUUCGCCUCAAGCUACAAAGAUGCUUCACUUUCAAUGAAGGAUAGAGACCAAACAAUGCAAAAAGUUGUAAACUAUUACUUGGAACAGGAUUUGGAACUUCUCGGAUUGACUGGUGUCGAGGAUAAGUUACAAACAGACGUGAAACCAUCAAUUGAACUCUUGAGAAAUGCCGGAAUCAAAAUCUGGAUGUUGACCGGUGACAAGGUUGAGACAGCCAAGUGUGUUUCCAUCAGUGCCAGGUUGAUCUCACGAGGUCAGUAUGUGCACCAAGUUACCAAGCUUUCCGAUCCAGACUUGGCUUUGGACCAGAUAGAGUACUUGAGAACCAACCCAAGUGCAUGCUUACUAAUUGAUGGUGAGUCGUUGGGUGUUUACAUGAAGUACUAUUGUGACGAGUUCUUGGAGAUAGCAAUCAAAUUGCCAGCGGUUAUUGCUUGUCGUUGCUCACCACAACAGAAAGCAGAUGUUGCUGUUGAAAUCAGACGUGUUACAGGCAAGCGUGUCUGUUGUAUUGGAGAUGGUGGUAAUGACGUCAGUAUGAUUCAAUGUGCUGACGUCGGAGUAGGAAUUGUUGGUAAAGAAGGUAAGCAAGCUUCUCUUGCUGCUGAUUUCAGUAUUGACCAAUUUUGCUUCUUGACCAAGUUGCUAUUAUGGCACGGAAGAAACUCCUACAAGAGAUCGGCCAAAUUGGGCCAAUUUGUUAUUCAUAGAGGGUUAUUAAUAUCCGCCGCACAAGCCGUGUACUCGAUAUCAUCCAAAUUUGAGCCCGUUGCAUUAUACCAGGGCUGGUUAAUGGUGGGAUACUCAACUUUAUACACCAUGGCUCCGGUGUUUUCACUCACCUUAGACUGUGACGUUGAUGAGCAUUUGACCAAAGUCUACCCUGAGUUGUACAAGGAGUUGACACUAGGAAAAUCCUUGUCCUACAAAACUUUUUUCAUGUGGGUUUUCAUAUCACUUUAUCAAGGGUGUGUGAUUCAAUUGUUGUCUCAACAUUUUCAAACCACACUCCCGAAAAACUUCACAACCAUGGUUGCGUUAUCAUUUUCAUGCUUGGUGUAUAACGAGUUGUUCAUGGUGGGACUUUCCGUCAACCGAUGGAACAAGAUAAUGGCUGCGACUAUCGUUGUGACGUUCUUGGCCUACUUGGGUACAAUUCCAAUGUUGUCAGAGUACUUUAAUUUGGAGUAUAUUAGCUCCUUCACUUACGUGUGGCAGACUACUGUCAUUUUGAGUGUGAGUUUAUUCCCAGUUUGGCUAGUACAGUAUUUGAACCGGAGAUUGAGACCUCCAACAUAUGCUAAAGUGCAACAAGAUUGA